AUGAGAACAGUUACACCUGAAGGGAACGCGGUCAGUUGCCGAUGCCAAGCCUCGGAGCUUCAAGCUCUCUCUCUCCCCUCCGCUCACUCUUCUCACCUCACAUAUUCCACCAUGGGCAUUUUCAGCAAAUUGAUCAAAACCUCCGUCGCAGGAACUGUGGCCUCGGUCGGUGUGUUUUGGGGCGCCACCCGCAAUGACAUCUUCCAGCAGAUGGACACAUCCGAUCCCAUCUUCCAAUCCGCCCUCUUCAACAAGUGGAACCCAAAUCGCAACCCGACUUUGCACGAUGUGUGCGUUCGUCAAAUGCCCUUGGACAAAAUCCAGCCCUCGCUAGUGGAGGAGAAGGGCAAGCUGGUGGAGGCCUUCUGUGCCGGUGUCUGGGGUGGCCUGGGUUACAUCCCCCAGAGAGCCUUCCUUGACCGGAAAUACCGAGGCCCCGAAACCGCCAGUCAUUUGUGGAAUCGAUCCGACCUCCUCGCCAGCACCUACGAAGUUGGCACAAUCGUGACGGACCACUUCGAGGUGGUUGAGAAGACCGAAGACCGAAUCGUGGUCCGCUGCGGAGACUCUCCCCGAAACCGCGACGUCCGCGCCUCCGACGGCUUGUUUGAGAUCGCCGCCGUGAUCAAGAAGGAGCAGAAUGUGGCCGAGUUCAGCCUCAAGAGCUGUUUCUACCAAGGCACUGGAAAGGCAGAGGCUCCCCCCAUGGACGAGAAGAUUGCUUGGGCUCAUCGCCAGUACACCAAGCUUCUGUUGGAGACCGCGGUUCUCAAGAAAUGCAUCAAAUAA